UCUCCGCCCCCGCAGGCUGCUCCGGAGGAAGCCUCUGAGGUGACUCUGCUGCUCCCUCCACGUUGAGCCUCACAACUCGGUCAGCAUCUCAGAGGGCCGCCAGGACGCUCCAUUACACAAAACCAAAACAAAACACAACUUCACCUGUAGAAAACUUUUCUCCGUCUGAGCUCAACAUGACGUUCAGGAGGCUGAAGAAGGUGAACUCCAGCGGGCCGGACUCUGGACCAGCAUCCCAGGACAGCGACAUUUAUUUCCCCUCGUCAAAGUCCGACAGCUGCAGGACGAUGGAUUUACCGAGCAACUCCUCCGAGGUUUACAACUACAAGACUCUGGCUUAUUCUGGAGGGACUCUGCCCAGAAACUACAAAAAGGGCGGCGGGCUGCAGAAGUGGAAACCCCUGACACAGUCACCGGAGCCACAAAGGAAGGUGGUGGUGCUGGAGAAGAAGGAAGAGGAGACGUUCGGUUUCGAGAUCCAGACCUACGGCCUGCACCAUCAGGACCAGAACUCCGUUGAAAUGUGCACGUUUGUGUGCAAGGUGCACGACGACAGCCCGGCUCAGCAGGCAGGACUUAAAGUUGGGGACACCAUCGCCAGUGUGAAUGAGGCCACCGUCGAGGGAUUUCGGCACAAGGAGAUCGUUCAGCUCAUCAGAGCCUGUGGCAACACAAUCAGGCUGGAGACGGUUUACAGCGACUCCAUACGAAAGGCGGAGCUGGAGGCGCGGCUGCAGUAUCUGAAGCAAACUCUUCAUGAGAAGUGGGAUGAAUAUCGGUCGUUGAUGGUGCAGGAGCAGAGGCUCGUUCAUGGCAUAGUAAUGAGUGACGCUGCGGUGUACGAGUCCCUGGAGUCGGCAGGCGUGUACGGCAGCCUUGGCACUCCCAGCCCGGCCGCUCAGCGAGCCAUCCGCUGCACGGGCAGCACCAGCAGCAGCGCCAGCUUCCUCAGCACGGCCACGGAAGACGACCCCCUGUACCAGACCUGCCUGUACCAGGUGGACGGCAGCGUCGACUCGGACAGCACCAGCACAGACAAAAAGAAAGAGCAGCAGAAGCCUCAUCGUCUCCGACCGGCCAGCGAGCUCUUCACGUCAGCCAAGACGCAGCUGACCCGCAGCGCCAGCACGCGCAGCUACAUGAGGGGGUCGUCGUCGUCCAACUCGGGGGAGAAGCAGGGAGGGUUCAGCUCGCUGCAGAGGAAGCCCAAACAGAAAAGCUUCCGCAGGCGCCUCCUCAAGUUUAUCCCGGGUCUGAACCGACCGCUGGAGGAGGAGGAAAGCAAACUGUGAGCUGCUAACAGAGCUGUUCACUCAAAGACUGAAAGCACCAGUGACUGUCAAACUAAAGCUGCCAAAGAAAAGAUGUGCGCAGCCCCAAAGAGCGAAGAGACGGAGACCAAAAAGUGGCUCUACAGCUGCACCUCUCCAUGUUUGAAAUGGGUCGACCAAUGAACAUUCAGCUGCGUUCUGUAGCCGUCAGUGUUUCACAGCUGUACAUAACUCUUGUUUUGUUUGUUUUUGUCCCUUUAAGUUAUUUAUUUAAUUUAACAUACGUCAGGUUUCUGUACAAAAUGAAGGAUCUUUGUGUUUUUACUGCAUGCACCCACUUUUAUUAUGACCCGUUAUGAUUGUGAUCGUGCAACACAACAUUUUGUAAGUUUGAUAUCUGCUUUAGAUGAUUCGGGAUGAUCCUGUUUUAUUUCUCUCUGCCGAAAGUCACGGUUCCUAAAAAUAAAAAAUGUGGCAUUUUCA